AGAAAUGUUGGUGAAUGAAUGAAUUGGUACAGGAACAAAAGGAGCUGAAACAAAGUACUUAGAAGUACUUAUUAUUUCGUACAACUACAACUAAAUCCAUAUGGUCAGUCAUCAACAUUUUUUGAAUUUUUGUACUGCAACUAAUGCAACAACUGCCAAGACCAACAAGAAGAACAAGCAUGGGCCACGCGGGAUCGAGUUUGUUGCUCUUUGUUUGUGGCUUGCUGCCUUGCCUCUCGUCUUUUUGUCUCUUAAGGCUUCCCCUAAGAAGCACUUAACCACCAUAAGCAUCAAUCUUGGGGCUGUUCUAUAAGGAAAUUGGGUGAGCUCUAAAAACCGGCAGCUUCAUCCGCACAUUCACGGAUUGGAAAGAUUUAGUGAGCGCUUUUCCUGGUCAAACUUUUGAGGAAAUCGCCACAGGAACGACUGCGAUAUCUCAUUUUAUUCGUGAACGGAGCGUGGCGUACGAUUAAGGCUCAGACUCAAGUAUAAUAUGAUUCUUAUCAAGGGUCCGUCGUUUGCCAGUGGUACUAGAGUAGAAUGACUUAAGUACUACUAAAGACGUAUGGUGAUGAUGAUGAACAAGGGUCUUGCUCGGCAAUCUGAAGAAAUGAACCGAAUAAGUGAAUUAUGAAGUGUAAAUGGUUACUUUUACUUAAAAAUCGUAUCCGACGUUUUUGGACCUAUAUACCUACUAGAUAUUAGGUUCAUUAUCUAGUUAAACUAGCUAGUUAAGCCAGAGAGGAAGCAAUCGGAGGAUCCGGAGGUUCUGGACGACUUGGGCCCCACCUCGCAACGGCUGAACCCUGGGAAACAACCUGAGGCGUGGACGUUAGGUGAUGGAAAUACGCUGGGCAGAUUCUUCGGUGUAAAGUCAAGUGCUAUGAUGUGAAUGAAAUGCUUAUGAACCAAGUGAACCAUAGAAAUCACCGCGCCAAGUCUGUCGAUCUGCUCCUGUUGUUGACGUUUGUUGCAUACUUCGGACGUCUUCUUUGUGUGCCUUGUUUUUGCGGAGACCUG